UUGCGCGCGCUGUGGGGUGCCAGGCCCCUGCGCGGGGCGAGUCUGCCGGUAGUGGCGAUGUCUGGCCGGUCAAAGCGGGAGUCUCGUGGUUCCAACCGCGGGAAGCGUGAAUCCGAGUCAAGGGUCAGCUCGGGUCGCGUCAAGCGUGAGCGAGAUCGGGAGCGGGAGACCGAUGCGCCGAUUACCCGGGGUAGCCCCGUGCGCGUGAAACGGGAGGUCGAGUCGGCGAGCGCGCGCGAGGCCCCGGCGCCCUUCGUGCCCGCUGUGCGGGUGAAGCGGGAGCGCGAGGCGGACGAAGACUCCGAACCUGAGCGGGAGGUGCGAGCAAAGAAUGGCCGAGUGGAUUCUGAGGACCGGAGAAGCCGCCACUGCCCGUACCUGGAUACCAUUAACAGGAGUGUGCUGGACUUUGACUUUGAGAAACUGUGUUCCAUCUCCCUUUCACAUAUCAAUGCAUAUGCCUGUCUGGUGUGUGGCAAGUACUUUCAGGGCCGGGGUUUGAAGUCUCAUGCCUACAUUCACAGUGUGCAGUUUAGCCACCAUGUCUUCCUCAACCUCCACACCCUCAAGUUUUACUGCCUUCCCGACAACUACGAGAUCAUCGAUUCCUCGCUGGAGGAUAUCACGUAUGUGUUGAAGCCCACUUUCACAAAGCAGCAGAUUGCAAACUUGGACAAGCAAGCCAAAUUGUCCCGGGCAUAUGAUGGUACCACUUACCUGCCAGGUAUUGUGGGCCUGAAUAACAUAAAGGCCAACGACUAUGCCAACGCUGUCCUUCAGGCUCUGUCUAAUGUUCCUCCUCUUCGGAACUACUUCCUGGAAGAAGACAAUUAUAAGAACAUCAAGCGUCCUCCAGGGGAUAUCAUGUUCUUGCUGGUCCAGCGUUUCGGAGAGCUGAUGAGAAAGCUCUGGAACCCUCGAAAUUUCAAGGCCCAUGUCUCUCCCCAUGAGAUGCUUCAGGCUGUUGUACUUUGCAGCAAGAAGACUUUUCAGAUCACCAAACAAGGGGAUGGAGUCGACUUUUUGUCUUGGUUUCUGAACGCUCUGCACUCAGCUCUGGGAGGCACAAAGAAGAAAAAGAAGACUAUUGUGACUGAUGUUUUCCAGGGGUCCAUGAGAAUCUUCACUAAAAAGCUUCCUCAUCCUGACCUGCCAGCGGAAGAAAAAGAACAGCUGCUUCAUAAUGAUGAGUACCAGGAGACAAUGGUGGAGUCCACCUUCAUGUACCUCACACUGGACCUUCCUACGGCACCCCUCUACAAAGACGAGAAGGAGCAGCUCAUCAUCCCCCAGGUGCCGCUCUUCAACAUCCUGGCCAAGUUUAACGGCAUCACUGAGAAGGAAUAUAAGACUUACAAGGAGAACUUUCUGAAGCGCUUCCAGCUCACCAAGCUGCCUCCAUAUCUAAUUUUUUGUAUUAAGAGAUUCACUAAGAACAAUUUCUUUGUGGAGAAGAAUCCAACUAUUGUCAACUUCCCUAUUACAAAUGUGGAUCUGAGAGAGUACUUGUCUGAGGAAGUUCAAGCAGUACAUAAGAAUACCACCUAUGAUCUGAUUGCCAAUAUCGUACAUGACGGCAAGCCCUCGGAGGGCUCCUACCGGAUCCACGUGCUUCAUCAUGGGACGGGCAAAUGGUAUGAAUUACAAGACCUCCAGGUAACUGACAUCCUUCCCCAGAUGAUCACGCUGUCAGAGGCUUACAUUCAGAUUUGGAAGAGGCGAGAUGAUGAAACCAACCAGCAAGGGGCUUGAAGGAGGAGAGGUCAGGCUUUGCUUCCAGGGGAUGUAGGAUGAAUAUGUAAAUAAGAAUACUGGAGCUGGAACUGAACAUGGGCUGGCUGGCCCAUUGUGGGGGCCAGCCUGGUUUGCAUGGGUUUUGGUUCACACCGGAGUGUCAGGGGGCCCACCAGCCUGGGACCGCUCUGCGCUACCACCCAGCCACUCUUUGAUCAGUCUGGUAGAUGUUCUUCCUAUCUAGCUCCCCUGACUCCAGCAGGCCAGACUCUUUUACAGAUGUGUGUAAUUUAUUUCUGAGUAGCUGUGAGUAACUGAAGGACAAGAUAAUUUUUUCUAAGCAUCCAAGCCUCAGGAUUCUAGGAACAGGAACAUGAAGUCAGUAGCACCCUUUUCCCACCAUAGGUAGAGAGUUUUCCUGUGGGUCUCAUCCUUUUCUGACAUGUUUUAGGAAUGAAUAAAAUGUUUUCCUGUUUUUAAACCA